CACCCCUCGCUUGGGGGCUGCAGGGGCACGUUGGCGAGCAGGGGCUCGCGGCUCCAGCCGGGCGGGAGCUGAGGCUCGGGGACCGGUGUGCGGCUCGCAGCCGGACACUUGCCGCGGGCCGAAUGCGGCCUGCGGGUCCCUCCAGCCCAAGCCCUUGGGCUGCAGCCCCUGAAGCCCCGGCACUGGUCCAGCCCUGGGCUGAGGGGUCGGAGGAUGCAGUUUGGAGGGACGGGGGUGCGGCCGGGCCGUGUCAUUGCGAGGGCGUGUCGGCGGUUGCGCGCCCCGAGAAUGUGGCUGAGGGAGGCUCCUCCUGGAGCUGCCGCCGGGGCGGGCCGGGGCCGGGGAGCGGCUCCGGGGGCUGAUCCUGCUCUGCAGAAGCAGGAGCGGCCGGCGCAGAGACUUGAGGCGGCAGAGCCGAACUCGGAGCCGCCAGGUUUUUGAAAUUCCUAAGUAUUUGGCCUUUUCCGAAUAAGAAAUAUGGAGAGGAUGAACAUGGAUAUGUCUGGUGAGGAGGAAGAGAAGGAAAACAAUGAAGGAAACUCUAGAGUUUGUACUACCUGUGACAAGAUCCAUGAGUCCAUUUCCAAAUGGAUGCUUCCUGAAAAUGCCAGAGGAACCUACCUGGAAAGAGCAAACUGUAUCCCUCCUCCCCUCUUCAUCAUUUCCAUUAGUAUAGCUGAGCUGGCUGUAUUCAUUUAUUAUGCUGUUUGGAAGCCCCAGAAACAGUGGAUCACGCUGGAUACAGGUGUCUGGAACAGUCCCUUUAUUUAUAGGCCUGACAAGAGGGAUGAAGCUUGGAGAUUCAUUUCUUAUAUGCUAGUGCAUGCUGGCAUUCAACACAUUUUAGGAAAUCUCUUUCUGCAACUUAUUUUGGGGAUCCCCUUAGAAAUGGUUCAUAAAGGGCAUCGGGUUAGUCUGGUGUAUCUCGCAGGAGUGAUUGGAGGUUCCUUGGCUAGCUCAGUCUGUGAUCCCCUCCAGGCUCUCGUAGGGGCUUCAGGAGGAGUCUAUGCUCUCAUUGGAGGAUACUUUAUGAAUGUUUUAGUGAACUUCAGAGAAAUGAUUCCUUUGUUUGGAGUCUUCAGAUUGCUCCUCAUCGGGAUUAUAGUUGGAACAGAUAUGGGAUUUGCUCUGUACAGAAGAUUUAUAGCUCCUGUGAAUGGGCCUCAAGUGUCCUUUGUGGCUCACAUUGCUGGUGGCCUAGCUGGGAUGUCAAUAGGUUACGUCAUUUUCAGCUGUUUUGAUAAGAACUUUAUAAAAGAUCCAAGAUUUUGGAUCUCCAUUGUUGCUUAUUUAGUCUUUCUGGUGUUUGCUGUAUUUUUCAACAUCUUUCUUUCACCAGCAAACUAA